GUUGUGUUCAUAUGGAAAGGCACUGGUCAAGAGCCAGUGAGGCUCUGUGUACUGGGGACUGAGCACAAGUUAGUCAGACCAUCACUGAGGAGCUUUGUUGGGAAGGAUACCCCCCUCUCCUUCCUAGAGAACACACAUACUUGUCCUCUAUUCUCUUCUCACCCCCACCCCCUGCCACCCCAGGCCAAUGGGAUAUACAAAUGAUCCCCUUACCUCAUUGGCUGGAGGUCUGAGGACCACAGAUGACCUCAGAGCACUGGCCCUUUAAGAGUGCCCUUUGGGCUCUGUGCCCACAGCCCCCUGUUCUGAGCACAGAGGCCCCAGGUCCUGCUCAAUGGGGCCACCAGUCUCUGGGGAAGCUGUGCCUGCCUGGCUCGGACACUGACCACAUCAUCUUUGCCAACCCUGAAGUGAGUAUGUCCCCAGGCCUACCUGGGCACCAGGCCUCUCACCUAGAGACUGUCCUUCGACACCUGCUGUCUGCUCUCUGCUGUGGAAUCUUCACACUUCUGUACUCUGCCCCACUCCCACCCUGGCUGGCCUAUGCCCUCACAGCUAUCACCUCAGAAAGAUAAGUAACUUUCCCCCUUACCUCUUCUCUUACAUCCACUUCUCCCUGGACACUUCUUGUCAUUCUCUCUUAGUGUCUCACCAGCUCCUUCCCUACCAAGGACCAGUUCCUUAAAUUUGUGUCUUUGUUCCUAUUCCCUCUGUCCUCCCAGAGGUAGAGGCAAAAAUUCUUUCCUGGGACAAUGAGAGCGAGAGGCUUUGUGCUUCUUCCCACCUGUUUGGGUAGAACCUGGGGGUCUGAACUGUGGGUAGGAAAGAGGGCUACCUGGGCCUGGGGCAUCAAAAUGGAAUCAAACUGCAAGCGUGGUGAUGAGCGCUCCCUGCCUUGCCCUGUCUGGGGAUGGGAUGAGGCUGUGGGAAUGGGGAGCUGGGCCGGAGCGCAGGAUUUCCAGGCUGAGAAGGCUCUCUGAGGUCAUCUAGCUAGGGGUUCCUAAGGUGUGCUCUGAACACAUGCUCCAUAAUUGAUAACAGGGAAGAGAGCUCCUUGGUGACAAAAACUUGGGACACUCUGUGUUAAAGUGGAACCGAAGGACUUCUUAUGCUAAUAUGCUGCUAUGCCUUGUGAAUCUGCAAGAGGUGGGCAUAGGAGGCUGUAUUUCUCAAAAUUUCUGAGCACAGACCUCUUCUUGGGCAUUUCUCAGAAUUGAGUGUUCCAUAGAACACACUUUGGGAAAGUCUAAUUGCCCUCAUUGAACAAAAAACUAAGGUCAGAAAGGGGGAGGUGAUCUGCCCAAGUUCACAGAACACAGCAGGUUCUGAAUAGGAGGAAAAUCAGUCUUGGUAAGUUCCAGUUGGAGAGGCUGGCCUUGGGGAUAGAUGGUCACCACUCAGUCCUGGUCUUUCUAGAAUGGAUUCUAGGACGUUCUUUUUUUCAUUGGAAAGUCUCUUGCUUCUAUAAAAGGGAUUCAUUGCUUGGGUAGUUCACACAACAGAUGCGUACUGAGGGUCUUCCAUGUGCAAGGUAUUGGCCCGGGUGUUCUGAGAGACAGAGAUGUACAAUAGCACAUUAUCCUUGAUAUCUUAAACUUCGCAACCAACUUGCCUUCCCACUGUCCUAAAAUACACACAUACUCUGUCAGAGUUAAUUAAGCAAUUUUUUUAAAUUGCUUGGAAAUGGAUGAUGCCUCUUGAGACGACAGAGCCUCUCAGCAUGUCCCAGCACUAGGGCUGAAGCAUACUGUAUUGCUCUUGUUUUUCAUAGACAUCACCCAGAGGCACCAGUAGGGCCAGGGGCUGUGCUGCCCUGUUCCUUGUUCAGGUCCUUAGGCUGCUGUGCCCCUGUCAGGAGCCCCUCUACCCAAACAUUACCCUCUUCCCCUCACCCCCACCCCCAGCCUGGAGGUGACUAAGCAGGGAACAAGGCUGCGCUCUCACUCUGGCUUUCCAGAACUCUGGCUCCAGGGCACUUGGGCUUUGGAAGAAGCAGGUUUUGGUGAAGGGAGCUGUCAGGCAGCCUCCAGGUGCUCCAGACCUCUCCUAUUUUUUCCAGGUGCACCCCUCCCAACCCAGCCUCAGAAUGGCACUGCCCCCCAGCCCCCUGGCCAUGGAAUAUGUUAAUGACUUUGACUUGAUGAAGUUUGAGGUAAAGCGGGAGCCCCCUGAGGGGCGAUCUGGCCCCCCCAUAGCCUCACUGGGCUCCACACCCUAUAGCUCUGUGCCUCCUUCGCCCACCUUGAGUGAGCCAGGUGUGGUGGGGGCCACUGAGGGCUCCCGGCCAGGCCUUGAGGAGCUGUAUUGGCUGGCUACCCUGCAGCAGCAGCUGGGGGCUGGGGAGGCACUGGGGCUGAGUCCUGAGGAGGCCGUGGAGUUGCUGCAGGGCCCAGUCCCUGCUGAGGGGCCUCAAGGCUACUACCCAGGAAGUCCAGAGGAGACAGGAGCCCAGCAUGACCAGCUGGCCGAUCGGUUUUCGGACGCGGCGCUGGUGUCGAUGUCUGUGCGGGAGCUCAACCGGCAGCUGCGGGGCUGCGGACGCGACGAGGCGCUGCGGCUGAAGCAGAGGCGCCGCACGCUGAAGAACCGCGGCUACGCGCAGGCCUGCCGCUCUAAGCGGCUGCAGCAGCGGCGCGGGCUGGAGGCCGAGCGCGCCCGCCUACUCGCCCAGCUGGAUGCGCUACGGGCCGAAGUGGCCCGCCUGGCCCGGGAGCGCGACCUCUACAAGGCUCGCUGUGACCGGCUGACGUCGAGCGGCCCUGGGUCCGGGGAUCAGGCCCACUUCUUCCUCUGAGCCGCUUGAUCAGGGCCGCAGGGUGGUGGUGGUGGUGUGGGUGGAUGGAGGGCACCACCCAGGAGGCGGCUACAUCACUCACCAGAUCGUUAUCCAGCGUCUUCUGGGACCAGGCACUCCACUGUAUGGCCACACAAAUAUCCCCAAACUUCCUGCACCCUCAAGACACGCCCGGAGGUUAGGUGCUGUCGUUUUCUGGGAAAGAGGUCCGUGACCUCCCCUCCCCUCGUGCAGGCCAUACACUGAAAACCUCCACCUCCUGCCCCACCCAUAUCACCAGACACAGAUCUGCAGGGCCAGAGCCAGGCAAGGCAGAUAGACUGGGGGUGGGGGAGUAGGGGAGGGGUGGAUGGUGGCUGGGUAACGAAGUAAAUGGUGUCCUGGGAGGGAGUGGUGCAACUCUGCCCUCAAUUUACAUUUUUAAUUCAAGGUUUUCAACCUAUAGUGCUUUAAGGUGGUAAUUAGCAAGGAGGCUGUAUUUUCAUUCUGAAGCUUGUGGUCUCCCCGUUUUAGAACUACGGCAUUUUCAAGAUUUCAAUUCCCAACUGUAAGGCAGACUUUAUCCAAGAGGCUUUCACCCUACCCAGCCCAGCAGCCCCCCGGGGCCCAGAGCUUCAGCAAAGUCUUGACAAAGUCUUGCUCUGGGAGUGGUUGGUGUGGCUGGGAGAGAGCCCUGGGCAGGAGUCUGGAGACUGGGCGCUUGUUCCAGCUCUGCCACUGGAUCUCUCUGUCACCCGGAGCAGAUCCUUGCUUCAUGGGCCUCAGUUGCCUCACCUAAUCCUCAUUUGGAUUAGAUACCUUCUUACACCUUUCCAGUUCUUUCUCAUUCUAGUGUGGGAGCCCCAAUGGCCUCUCCAAGAAUCCCCCCAAAAGAACAUCCCAUUCUGCUUCAGCUUCCUGAGAGGGCCUACCCUUUGGGCAAGUGGCCCAGGUGAGGAAGUGUGGCUGCACCCAGAGCACACCCGCUGCUCCUGUGCUGCUUGCUCCAGGCUGCCUCUUCUUCCAGACCUGCACAGACCCUGUGACCUUGUGCCUCUCCAAGGGCUGAGGUGAGACUUUUCCCAGAAUGAGAAGAAGCUGAGAGAGAGCAGCUAUUGUGAAUUAAACUUGAAGUUCAGGCGGAACUCUAAUACUAUUGGCUAAAUGCUCUCGCAAUUAAAGAAGUAUUCAUUCUUUAUUCCUUCUCUAGGCUACUGUUUCUCUCUCUUUGUGUGUGUGUGUGUGUGUGUGUGUGUGUGUGUGUGUGUGUGAGAGAGAGAGAGAGAGAGAGAGAGUGAUAUGAAGUGGAAUGCUCCUACCUGGUGCUGAGUUGCUAUCUCAAUUCUGGAGUGCCAAUGAAAAUGGGGUGGAGUGAUGGGGAUUGGACCAGAUGGAGCCUCCCUCCUCCCACCACCACCACGUGGAAGCCCUGGAACAGUGGCCCAGCCAGUGGCUAUCUGAGAGGCUUCACAGUUGCCAUGGUAACCCAGCGUUUAGCUGGGCAACCUAAGGGAAGGGUGAGUGGGGGCUCUGGGCAGAGCAGAGGCACCAAGCUGGAGCAGGCACUGAGCUAGGAGCAAACACCUCACCAGCCACUGUCUUGAUCCUCUAAAGGACAUAAUAAACGGGCAAGUGUGGGGGAAGAGACCCCAUAUGUCCCUCUUCCUUUCUGUCCCCUCUAGCCACCCCCUUCCCAGCUGUCUCUUCUCUUCCCAUCACAGUUCUCAUUCCCUCCUCCCCCUCCUCUGCCCAGCUCAUUCCUCCUCCACUCAGGAGCCUGUGACGGGUGUCCUCUCUGCCAUCUCUCUCAGAGUUUCUCUCCCUUCCCCACCAUAUCUGCUGCUGGCUAUUUUCUCUGGCUCGGGGUCCUCACUCUGAGGGGCUCACAGAACCUUUACCUCCUCACUCCACUUCCACACUCGUAGUUGAAGGGAGAGGAUGGGGCAGAAAGGGGUUCCUCCAGAAGCCCAGCUCUUCUUCUCUUGAUCUGAAUUGCAUCCAUGUGCUUGCCUGCUCUUGGACCCACUAUUGCUUUUGCACACCUGCCUUACCUGACUGAGGCCCUGCUUGGCACACAUGGCAGAGAUGCCCAUCCACAGACCUAUACACCUGAACAAACAACUAGGGCACGUAUACAUACACCGGGGCCUUGAGAUGAGGGUCAUAUAGGUACACCUCAAACAGGUGCUACACACUAGAGUGAUUAAGAGUGUGGGCACUGGGGUCAGAUAGGCCUGGGCUCAAGUUCCAGUUCUGCCAGUUCUUUGGCCAUGGGUGAGUUAAAAUCAAGCCUCACUUGCUUUGUCAGAAAAAUGGGGGAAAUAACAGUACCCACCUAAUGAGAGUGAAUGCAUUUAAAGGAUUCAGCACAAAGCCUGACACAUGCUAACCCAAGUUUGCUGUUUUUGUUGAUGUUAUCAAUAAGAGUACACAAUCACUUCCUGAAGCAUUAAGUCCACAGUCAUGUAGAGAGGCAGGGAUUUACAGAGCAUGAACAUACAUACCCACUCGCCCAGGAAAACCAGGCUAUGAAGCCCUUGAAUGCCUGCUCUAUGUCCUUAAUUCACCAGUAGUUCAGACCUGCCGCCCUCCUCAGUGCCUCAAUACUCUUUCUCAGCCCACCCCACAGCUGUGUGGGGGCCGGGGCUCAGCCCCUGGGGGGUGCAGCUGGGCUUCUCUGGAGAUGGCUGUAAGAGGGCAUCAGCCUGCCCCCUUGACAGCCCCUCAUUACCCACCCCCAUCUCCUGUAAUUAACCCCCAUGGUGCCUGGACCCCCCUGGGGUUGGGGGAUGAGGGUGGGGGCUCCUCAGAUCCCAUCAACACAUAGUUGGGGGAGACUGCAGAGACAGCAGACUGCCUGGGGAGCUCUGGCUCAGAUUUCAAAGGAUGCUGGUCCUCAUUUCUCACCAUAUGUGUGUGUAUGGGGGGGUAGUACCGUAGACUGCCAGUGGGCAUCUGAAGCAUAAUGGAUAGAUAGAGGCUGAGCUGCUUAGAAUAGUUUCCUUUAUUAACGGCCAGAAAGUCAGGAUCACUGAAGGAAGUCACCAAGGGGCCACAUGGCUGAGGGGUGUGGGGCCUGGGGAGGUGGGGACAGGGCCCACCAUACACUUCCAGGACCCAGAGGAGCACAGCUUGUCCAAGAGGCAGAGGCACUGGUCACUCGAGUCACAAGGGUCCGGACAGGCACCUGGGAAGGAGUGAUAUAGUCAUAAACACCUUCUGCACCACACCCGGCCAAGCUGAGCCCACCUGACAUCCCCUAGUCCCCACCUCCUUGGGCCCUCCCGACUCACUGAGAGGCUGAGAGAGUGUUGUCCGGUGGGUGGCGUCAUGGGCUAGGGCUGGAGGUCUUGGCCGGUGUGCAGGGCCUGGGAGCCCCAGGACUGAUGCCCUGGCUGGCGUAGUACUCCACCACCUGCCGCGGCACCUCUGCCAGGACGCACUUAGCUAGCGCGGAGGGUGGGGCCUGGGGGUGGAAACCGAGACUUGGUUCAGAGCAUGACUGAGGGAGCCCAGGUCAGGGAGGGAGAGGCGGAGUUUUGGGAUGGUCCUUCUCUGGAACCAACCUAGUGGGAGAGACAGGUCAGAUUUGGGGGCACGAGGAGCUGAGGAGUUCUUUGGCAGGGAGGGGGCGCCAGGCACUCACAUCCUUGAAGUCCCUGAAGGGCACGAACUGGACGAUGUCACGGGCCGCGGGCACCCCUCGGGGGCAG